GAUGCUGCUGCUGGCAGACAUGGACGUGGUGAAUCAGCUGGUGGCCGGGGGUCAGUUCCGGGUGGUCAAGGAGCCCCUUGGCUUCGUGAAGGUGCUGCAAUGGGUCUUUGCCAUCUUCGCCUUUGCCACGUGCGGCAGCUACUCCGGGGAGCUCCGGCUGAGUGUGGAGUGUGCCAACAAGUCAGAGAGCGACCUCAGCAUCGAGGUUGAAUUCGAGUACCCCUUCAGGCUGCACCAAGUGUACUUUGAUGCACCCACCUGCCGAGGGGACACUGAGAAAAUCUUCCUGGUGGGGGACUAUUCCUCAUCGGCCGAAUUCUUUGUCACCAUAGCUGUGUUUGCCUUUCUGUACUCCAUGGGGGCUCUGGCCACCUACAUCUUCCUGCAGAAUAAGUACCGAGAGAACAACAAAGGACCCAUGAUGGACUUCCUGGCCACGGCAGUGUUCGCCUUCAUGUGGCUGGUUAGCUCAUCAGCGUGGGCCAAGGGGCUGUCAGACGUGAAGAUGGCCACUGACCCAGAGAACAUUAUCAAAGGGAUGUCUGUCUGCCACCAGACGGGGAAUACAUGCAAGGAGCUGAGGGACCCUGUGACCUCUGGCCUCAACACUUCAGUGGUGUUCGGCUUCCUGAACCUGGUGCUCUGGGUCGGCAACCUGUGGUUCGUGUUCAAGGAGACAGGCUGGGCUGCCCCAUUCAUGCGCGCACCUCCCGGCGCCCCCGAGAAGCAACCAGCGCCCGGGGACGCCUAUGGCGAGGCGGGCUACGGGCAGGGCCCCGGCGGGUACGGGCCCCAGGACUCCUACGGGCCCCAGGGCGGCUACCAGCCCGACUACGGGCAGCCCGCCGGCGGCGGCGGCGGCGGCUACGGCCCUCAGGGAGACUACGGGCAGCAAGGCUAUGGCCCUCAGGGUGCGCCCACCUCCUUCUCCAAUCAGAUGUAGUCUGGUCAGUGCGGCCCGGGAGGACCCCAUGGGUGGGCAAGAGCUCAGAAGCCCUGCCCCCCUUUCCACUCCUAUACCCCAGGUCUCUGCCCCUCAAGCCAGGAGACUCUAACUCUCUUUGCUGUUUAUAUAUAUAUAUAUUAUAUAUAAAUAUCUAU